AAUCAGUUGCAACUCGAAGUCGAGCAAUACACACCUAUCAUAAUGGCUGCGAAGUUCGUCGUUGUAGCUCUUUUGGUGGCGGCCGCCCAGGGCAGCGCGAUCCAUGGCGGUAACUACAACAGCUUCUCCUACGGAGUCUCAGACCCCCAUACUGGCGAUAUCAAGAGCCAGCACGAGACCCGCGUGGGCGACAGCGUGGUCGGGCAGUACUCGCUGCUGGACUCCGACGGCACGAAGCGCACCGUGGACUACGCCGCCGACGCGCAUUCCGGCUUCAACGCCAUCGUGCGCAAGGACCCCCUGAUCCACGCCGCUCCCGUCGCCAUCGCGCACGCCGCUCCCCUGGCUGUCGCUCACGCCGCUCCCCUGGCGUACGCCGCGCACGCCGCUCCCCUCGCCCACUCCGCCUACUCUACCCAGAUCGCCCACGCCGCUCCCCUGGCGCACAUCGCCCCCGUCGCCCACUCCGCCUACGCCGCUCCCAUCGCGCACGGCGCCAUCGGCUACGGUGCCCACGGUCUUGGUCUCGGUUACGCCGGUCAUGGACUCGGGCUCGGCCAUGGUCUCGGAUACGGUCAUGGACUCGCCUGGUAAAUGUAGAUUAUGUGAUUAGUGAAUGAAGAACGGCUGUGUUGACAAAUAAAAUGAAAUAUUUACUAUAAAUUA